CGGAUGCACGUGCGGUUUGGAGGUCUAUUGCCAACUGCUCUUGACGGGCAAAUGUUGCAUGGCAGGAGACGUUUGGGCUUUACGGUAUAUUUCGAAUUGAACUGUAGUCACGGUAACGUUUUGACCUGAUAGAUAUUGGUUGCUGUUGUCUGUCAUGAAUGUGCUUUUUAUUUUCAGUGAGAAGUCUUAGACAUUUUAAUCGGAUGAUGGAAAUAGUUUGAUUGGUAGGAAGGACAGCUGUGGGUUACUGUAUUCAAUGAUAUGCAGGUGGGGCGUCAAGCUCGGACUAAGCCAUGAUGUAGGUCAGUAAUUAUGAUGUGAUGUAACAAUAAUCCUAGAGUUUCCACCUCCUCAACAGUAUUCUCUGCUGGUAGGUAUUGUUAACUCAUUCACAGGCUUCUAACCCUGGCAAUGACGGAGAAGCCUCCUCUGCUUUAGACAACGUAUGGAAACAUGUUCUGGUCUGUGUUUGUGUGGGAGGAUGCCUGAAGACAUUCCUUUUUGUUUUAUUUUUAUGUAUACAUUGGGGAAUGUUUAGGCUUUGUUAGAUGGAGGCUGGGGAAAGAGAGUUUUUGCUUAAAGAUCUGUGGGUCGGACUCACCUCCGUGCUGCAGCAGUACAUGUAUACCAGAGGAAGUGGCUUGGAACGCUGGACCACCCUAGGCCACAGAAGGAGUGCCGUUUAAGAAAGUAACUGAAUUUCCUGGAGGAGUAACCGACCGCAGCUGUUUUUAAGUCGGUGGUGGCAGAGUGUGGACUUGUGGGUUUCUACACUCAAUAGGCCUAGAUAAGAUUUGGGCAUGUCUAGGUUUCCACACCAGGGUAGUACCAGCUGUUUUUAGUUUUCUUCUUCCUGAAAAACAAGUUCUUAGCAAGUACUAGUUAAUGUCCACACAUGCCAGAUAAAUGCUCACAUACUUAAGCAAUCAUGUACUAAAUGCCGAACAGAGAACCCAGCUCAUAGUGAGGCUACACAGACAUAACCCAGGAGGGGAAUGUUUUUCUCUGAACUGACCAAUAAUGUUGAUCUGGUGAGCUAUCCACCUAUUACUAGCAAACCCCAAACAUAGCUGGUAUUCAUUUUUCACUUCUUAGAUAGCUGAUUAGCAUAGUUUAAGAUAUUUACCUGUCAAACAUCAGCAGAGUUUCUAGUGUGACUCAACAGCCAGGGAUUGUUUGCUCCAUCGUAUUUGUCACAUGUGCCCAUCUACAUGAGUGUUUUACAGUACCCCAGGUUAUGGUUUAGCGCCCAAGCCUCCUAUAGGUGCGGAGCCUAACUUCAUGCCGUAUGGGUGUGCUGUGGAGCCGAACGGUGCUGGUGGAGAGAAGUUUGAUUCUAUACACCAGCAUGACGAGGAUGGAGACAUCCUGUCUGGAACUGGCUCUGGAGGGGGAGAGGCUGUGUAAGUUGGGGGAUUACCGCGCUGGGGCCUCCUUCUUCGAAUCGGCAAUCCAGGUGGGCACGGAAGACCUCCAGAUCCUCAGCGCCAUCUAUAGCCAGCUGGGCAACGCCUACUUCCACCUGCAGGAGUACAACAAGGCUCUGGAAUACCACAGCCAUGACCUGACCCUGACCAGAACUAUAGGGGAUGAACUUGGAGAAGCAAAAGCCAGUGGCAACCUCGGAAACACCUUGAAGGUUCUGGGACGUUUUGACGAAGCAGUGGUCUGUUGCCAGAGACACUACGACAUAACCAGAGGGACGUACGAUAAGGUGGGGCAGGCCCGAGCGCUGUAUAAUUUUGGCAACGUGUACCACGCCAAGGGGAAGAGCAUCUGCUGGUCUGGAGCAGAGCCAGGAGAAAUCCCUCAGGAGGCCAAGCUCGCUCUGUUCAAAGCCACAGAGUAUUACGAAUUCAAUCUGUCCAUCGUAAAGGACUUGGGGGAUCGGGCUGCACAGGGAAGGACCUACGGUAACCUAGGUAACACACACUAUCUGCUCGGAAACUUCCAGCAAGCUGUGGUGGCCCAUGAACAGCGUCUGCAAAUCGCCAAGGAGUUUGGGGACCGGGCAGCUGAGAGGAGGGCCUACUGUAACCUGGGGAAUGCCUACAUCUUUCUAGGCCAGUUUGAAGUAGCUGCUGAACAUUACAAGAGGACUCUGCAGCUAGCCAGGCUGCUAAAGGACCGGGCUGUGGAGGCUCAGGCCUGCUAUAGCCUGGGCAACACCUACAUCCUCCUCCAGGACUAUGAGAGGGCCAUCGACUACCACAUCAAACACCUCAUCAUUGCAGAGGAGCUCAAGGACAGGGUCGGGGAAGGGAGAGCCUGCUGGAGUUUGGGAAACGCCCACACGGCCCUGGGGAAUCAUAAGGAUGCCAUUUACUUUGCAGAGAAGCAUUUGGAGAUCUCUAAGAUGAUUGGAGACAAAAUUGGCGAGGCAACAGCCAGGAUGAAUGUGUCAGACCUGAAGUUGGUGCUGGGUCUCGGUCAGAACCCCACCUCUAGCCCCAACACUGACAAGAAGGAGGACAGCGUACCGGGCGGAAGGAAAAACAGCAUAGAGAACUUGGAGCUGAUGGGAUUAAGCUCUGACAAAACAGUCGAGAAAUGGGACGAAGAGGUGUUCAGGCAGCCUAACACUAAAUCCAGUGUGCCCAAGGCCUCCUCAAAGCUCUUCUUUAUCAACCGGCUCAGAGGGAAGAAACCAAAGAGUCCGAGCUCUCCUCCUUCCAAUUCCAGAGUCCUCCGGGACACCAGCAACAAGCCAACAAUCCCUAAGAUGUACACACAGGAGUCAGAAGACAAGGUUGGAGGUUCUGACACUCUGGGUGAUGAGGGCUUCUUUGACCUCCUCACCCGUUUUCAGGGCAGCAGAAUGGACGACCAAAGGUGCUCCGUUUUAGACAGCCAGCAUCGUCUCCACGAUCCCUCCUCUCCCGGUACCACCCCCCCCGUAGCCGUGAGGAAAUCUACUUCCGUAUGUGAGGCCGGGCCGGAGCCUGGGCGUUUCCUGGACCUGCUGGCCAGCUCCAAGGAUUGUCGGCUGGGCGAGCAGAGAGCCAGUGUGUCCAGCAGCUUACCCGGUCUACGUCUCAGCACCUCCGAGCAGCCCUUCAGCCUUCCCCACAGUCCCGGCAACAGCGCUGACCCCCCCCAGGCUGACGACGUCUUCUUCGAUAUGCUAGUCAAGUGCCAGGGAUCUAGACUGAAUGAUCAGCGGUCUGUAGCACCCCCUCCCGCCACCAGGGGCCCCACUGUCCCAGACGAGGACUUCUUCAGCCUCAUCCUUCGCUCACAGGGCAACAGGAUGGACGAGCAGCGAGUCCCACCGCCUUGCAGCUCUGAUCCUAGUCAGCCCUGCCUAGACUGAUGCCCUGAACUCCUCACAGCCUUGACCAAGUGACUUCAGCACCUGCUGGUCCUGGCUCCAGCUUGGGAGCCAUUGUAGGGUUUUACCCUACCAAGGCCCCCCGCUGAAAAUGGAGCUACCCUGUGAACCGAAGUAACCUCUGACUGACAUUCUCACUUUACCCUUUUGGAUUCUCAGAUGGUCAUUUACAUGGGUUUCCAACUCAUCUCUACAGAGUUACAUGAACUGAUCAACACUUGACUUUUUUUUUUACAUUUUGUGUUUACACUAUAUGACUGUACAGAUUAUUCUUGCAGAGACUUUACUUUUUUUUUUUAAUUCAUGACAGAUCCUUUCAGCUGUUCAUUGUGUCAAUUAUCCAGAAGAAAGAGAGAAAUGUACCUGGCUUGUCAGUGUAUCAUUUACAUCAGGGCUGUCCAACCCUGUCCUUAGACCACCAGAUACUUAUCAGCUGGUUGAGAAGUGAAAUCAGGUCACAGCUUGGUUUGGAGAGAAGCUACGUGAUGGUAGAUCUCCAGGAACAGGGUUGGACUUUGUUUAUAUGACAGAGAUAUAAGUGACAAAGAAAUUACAUAGGUCAGCAAUGUUUUAUACUUAAUGUAUGUUGACCUCAGAAAUAAAGCCUAAUUUGAACAGUU